UCCGCCUCCAUUUGUGCAGAUGGGAGGGGAGAGGGAGGAGGCGGCGCUGGGAGAGUUGUUAGGAAGCAGGUCACAGAUCCGGAACUUGCCUGUACAGAAGAACCUGGCAGAGGAAGGGAGGAUGAGGAGAGAGCUAGACUCAGCAGUCUUUGAAUCAAGAGAAGGCCUCGAUGCCUCCGAGGCUGGGAGCAGAAGAGAACUGUGGGAAGUAGCCAUGAAGAAGAACCCGGAAGACAACGAGGUCCUCCCUUUAGAUGUGCAAUGCAAGCAAUUCAGGCACUUCCGCUACCAGGAAGCCGAGGGCCCACGAAAAGUUUGCAGUCAACUCCACCAUCUUUGUCGCCAGUGGCUGAAGCCAGAAAGACACAGCAAGAAGGAGAUGCUGGACCUGGUGAUUCUGGAGCAGUUCCUGGUCCUCCUGCCUCCAGAGAUGGAGAACUGGGUCAGGGAAUGCGGGCCGGAGUCCAGUUCCCAGGCAGUGGCCCUGGCAGAAGGUUUCCUCUUGAGCCAGGAAGUGGACAAGAAUCAGGACCAGCAAGUGCAGGGAAGGAUCGCCCAAGAGGGUUACCACAGAAUAGCUUCUCCAGGUGGUGCCCUACAUUCUUUGCCAUCUCUUCGGGGCAGAGAGAAAGCAGAUUCUGUGCAUCCUGAUCAGAGUCUGGUGACCUUUGAGGAUGUGUGUGUUCAUUUCUCUGAGGAGGAGUGGGCUCUGCUGGAUCUGGAUCAAAGAAACCUUCACAAGGAAGUCUUGGAAGACAACUGGCGGAAUGUGGCUUCUCUGGAAGGACUUCUGAUUCACAAAUCUGAUUCCACAUCCCCACUGGAAGAAGCUGGAGAUCCAUUUGAACAGGACCCAGAAGAAAGAAAGAGAUCAGCAGAGGAUAAUAGUCUACAGCACAAGUCCAAGAAAGAACCACAACACCUCCUAUUUGAUGAAAAAGAGCAGAAAAGCACGGAAAUGAAAUGGAAGAGGGAGAAUGAAUGUUGUGUUUCUCAGGGUGCUGAAUCCCAGAUAUUUGAUACACCAGGAAAAAUUAACAUAACUGAAAAGCUAGAUAAGUGCUUCCAAUGUGGAACAAGUUUUGUUUUGAAGGGGGACAUUCCUGAACAUUUACUCCACAAAGGGGAGGCACAUGAAUGCCUGGCUUGUGGAAAGAGCUUUGCUAAGACUUGCAUCCUUGCUGCUCAUCAACAAAUCCACAUUGGUGAGAAAAUGUACAGCUGCUUGGAGAAUGGGAAAAGCUUUUCUCAAAGUUCAGCACUUUUUAGCCAUCAGCAUAUCGACACUCGAGAGAAACCAUAUAGAUUCACAGAGUGCAGAGAAAGCUUUACUCACCGUUCCAACCUUCUUCUUCAUCAACAAAUCCAAAGUCAGGGGAAACCAUAUACAGGCUUGGAGUGUGCAAUGAGCUGUGCUCAGAGUUCAGAGAUUACUAUGUAUCAACGAUUCCAGGCUGCAGAGAAACCAUACAAGUUCUUGGAGUGCGAAAAAAGCUUUGCUGAGUCAUCUGAUCUUACUAAACUCACUGGGGAGCAAUCAUAUAAAUGCUUGGGGUAUACUGAAGAGAAAAGAUAUAAAUGUUUGGAGUGUGGAAAGAGCUUUGCUCAAAAUUCACAUCUUAUUCGACAUCAGCAAAUCCACUCUGGGGAGAAGCCAUAUAAAUGUUUGGAGUGUGGGAAGAGCUUUUCUGUGUGCUCCAAGCUUACGAAACAUCAACAAAUCCACACUAGGGAGAAACCAUAUAAAUGCUUGGAGUGUGCAAAGAGCUUUGCUAAGAGUUCCUAUCUUACAGUCCAUCAACGAAUCCACACUGGGGAGAAACCAUAUAAAUGCUUGGAGUGUGCAAAGACCUUUGCUAAGAGUUCAUAUCUUACUGUCCAUCAACGAAUCCACACUGGGGAGAAACCAUAUAAAUGCUUUGAAUGUGCAAAGACCUUUGCUCAAAAGACACAUCUUAAUGACCAUCAACGAAGACACAGGGGGGAGAAACCGUAUAAGUGCUUGGAGUGUGGAAAAAGCUUUGUUGUACGCUCCAUUCUUAGUAAACAUCAACGAAUGCACACUGGGGAGAAGACAUACAAAUGUUUGGAGUGUGGAAUGAGCUUUGCUCACAGUUCACAUCUUACUCGACAUCAACAAAUCCAUACUGGGGAGAAACAAUAUAAAUGCAUGGAGUGUGGAAAGAGCUUUGUUGCGAGCUCCUAUCUUACUAAACAUCAACAAAGGCACACUGGGGAGAAGCCAUAUAAAUGCUUGGAGUGUGGAAAGAGCUUUGCUCAUAGUUCAUGUCUUACUAUCCAUCAACGAAUCCACACUGGGGAGAAACCAUAUAAAUGCUUGGAGUGUGGAAAGACCUUUGCCCAAAAGGCACAACUUAGUGACCAUCAACGAAUCCACACUGGGGAGAAACCAUAUAAAUGCUUGGAGUGUGGAAAAACUUUUGCUCAGAAUUCAGGUCUUACUAAGCAUAAACGAAUCCACACUGGGGAGAAACCACAUAAAUGUUUAGAUUGUGGUAAGAGUUUUGCUCAGAAGUCAGAUCUUAAUAAGCAUAAACGAAUCCACACUGGGGAGAAACCAUAUAAAUGCUUGGAGUGUGGAAAGAAAUUUGCUCAUAGUUCAUGUCUUACUAUCCAUCACCGAAUCCACAGUGGGGAGAAACCAUAUAAAUGCUUGGAGUGUGGAAAAAGCUUUGUUGUGAACUGCAAUUUUACUAAACAUCAACGAAUCCACACUGGGGAGAAGCCAUAUAAAUGAUCGGAGUGGGAGUGUGGAAAGAGCUUUGCUCAAAAGGCACAACUUAGUGACCAUCAACGAAUCCGCACUGGGGAAAAGCCAUAUAAAUGCCUGGAAUGUGGAAAGAGCUUUGCUCAAAAGACACAUCUUAAGCUACACCAAAGUAUUCACAGAGAAGAGAAAUCAUAAAUAAUAAGCCAAGUGUUACUUCAAAGAAUUCACAGAAGAGAGAAAACAUACAAAUAUUUUUAUGUUUGCAAGAUGUUAGACUCAAGCCCAACCUUUCCAGGUAUCAUCACUGAGAGUUUUUAUGCUAAAUCAGUCUUGUAUUCUACAUGUUUGAACUAGACUUGGUUAAUGCCUGUUCAUUUGUCAGCUACAAUAUUUGGAAUAGAGUUUACAGGCAAUUUGAGCUAUUUGUCCUAGCUUUAGAAUACAUGUUGAGAGGUGUUACAGACUGUUACAUUUAAUUGAUUAAUUUGUUUAAGACUGAUGGGUUUGUUUUCGCAUAUUUUGCAGCAGCCUUGCUCCAGUUGUCAUAUUUAGUGACGGUAGUACUAUUGAAUGAGCAGCUAGAUCGAAAAAACUAACAUCAACCAUGUUGAUAGGAAGGUUAGGCUGAGGAUGAGUUAGUAGCCCAGGGUGAGCUAACAAUUUCAUUGGUAGAUUUGGGAUUUGAACCUGUAUCUCCUGAGCCCAGUCUGGUCUUCUGAUGACUGCACCACACUGACUCAGCUUACCCUGAUUUUUGGCACUCUAACUCACACUAUCAUGCUGAAGCUGGUGGCCAAUUUUUCCUAGAUCUGAAUGCUUGUAUAAGUUUAUGAUUCAGCCUCAUUUGAAAUACUGUGUGCAAUUCUGGUCGCUGUACAAGAAAAGACAUGGCAGAGCUAGAAAAAAGUACAGGAGAGAGCAGUCAAAGUAUUUAAGGGUUUUUAGCACUUGCCUAUGUGAGGAAAGACUGAAAUGUUUGGGACUUUUCAGUUGCAAAACAGACUUUUUUCUCCCUCUCCCAAGAUGCUACAACUAAAGUGUAUCCACUCUGAUGGGGAACGGAUUCAGAAUGGAUAAAAAAGAGAUUCUCCUUUGCACAGGAAGUGAUUAAAAUGUGGAAUCCGACCUUAGUGGGUUUAGUGAUGGCAAAAGGCAUAGACAGCUUUAAAAGGAGAUUAGAAGAGAAGAAGAAGAAGAAGAGUUUGGAUAGAUACCCUGCUUUUCUCUC